GAAUCGGGGAUGCGGCUUCACUGUGAAAUCACCCACAUGGGUUUCAGACUGGCAGAAUUCUCCAUGUAAACUGCAUCCGUUAUGGAGAGGAAUCCUAGCUGGGAUUGUCGAGAGACUCAAUUCGAGGUCAGUAGUACACCCAAACAGACCCUAUGGAGACACAAAUUCCCUGGGAUUACAGUCGUUCCUGGAACCUCAUUUCCACGACGGAAGGAUGCUGCAACUUCAUCAGAGAUGUUCAUAAAUUUAGCACCAGCGCCGGGGAACUAGUAAUUGUCCGCCCGGACCCCGCUCUGGAGAUCUGCUGUCGG